AUGAAGUUAAUAGUUGUCGCCGCCUGUCUGUGUAUAUGUUACGCCCACAGUCUACCACCGGAUAAGAAUACACAGGGCCUACACAUUAUCAAGACCCGAAGUAUAGACCUCAACAACGCUCAUGCUUUAACUCUUGAGACGCGGCUGGGCAAAGCUGUGGAGCCCACUGCUUACAACAUAGCUCUGGAACCAUACCUCGAUGAUGCAUUAUUCAACGGCAGAGUUAGUAUUAACAUCACCUGGCUAGAAGAAGCUGACGAGAUAAGCCUACACUGCGCCCAUGACUUGGAGAUCACUAGUAACGAAGUCUAUCUUCAGAAGGGGGAUCAAAUGGAAGAAAUACGAGUGAACGAGAUAAACAUGGACAUGAAGAAGCCAAUUUUGACGAUGCGCUUAGAGAGAGUCGUGCCCAAGGCAUCAGUCGGCUAUCUCGCCUUCACCUUCAAAGGGAAACUGCAAACUAUUUCUAUGGACGGAUUUUUCACAUCCACGUACAAAACUGACCAGGACGAAGAACGAAUAGUAGCCGGGACACAAUUUCGACCGAAUAACGCAAGACGUGUGUUUCCAUGUUUCGACGAGCCUGGUUACAAAACUCCGUUUGAGCUGAGCAUUGUUCGUCCAAAGGAUAUGCUGGCUAUCAGCAAUAUGCCCGUAGCGAGGACUGAAAACAUUACUGAUGAGCCCGGUGCUGUCAGGGACUUCUUUGAAAAGACACCUCCAAUGUCCACUUUUGCCUUGGGUGUCGUGAUCGCACACUUGACCCAACUUGGAAAUACUACGCAUUAUAGAGACGACAAUGGAAAUAAUAUAGAAUUGCGUGUUUGGGGACGACCUGAAUAUUUAACGGCCCUGGAAGGAAUGAACGAGAAACUGAGUCGUGUUUUCAGCGAGGUGGCCAAUUUUUGGCAAGCCCCUUUACCUUUGAAGAAGUUGGACGUUGUCGCGUUACCGAAUUACCAAGGAUUCAAACCUGUGGACAAUUGGGGUCUUAUUGUGUUUAAAGAGAGCGACCUUACAAAUAGAAGAACGUUCCUGUUGGAGCAAGAGAUCACUUACCUCUGGCUGGGUGGACUAACCAGCCCAGCUUGGUGGAGUGAUGCGUACGUCAACAAGGGUCUCGUUGGUUACAUUGCAGCUGAAAUGGCUAUUAAGGCAAGAUUAAAUAACAACAUUUUUAUCAACGACAAAGAUAUAGCGAGACAAUGGCCGAUCACAGUCCUCUACUCGAUUUACUACGAGUUCAGCAAGAGGUAUCCUCACUCCAGGAUCACGGGUCUGAAACAAGAGACGGCGUCCACCAAGAUAGAGCUGCUCUUCCGUGUCUUCAACUACACUCUUGGCUCAGAUACCUUCAGGAAGGGAAUGAGGAUGUUUAUAAGGGAAAAAAUCUUCAAAACCUUCACGGGUGAUGACAUAUGGAAUGCACUGAACAAGGCCGCCCAUGAUGACGAGAAGAUACCAAAAGGCGUGGACAUCAAGACCAUUGCAAUGAGCUGGAUAGAACAAGACAGAUUACCUCUCGUCACGGUUAAUAGGAACUAUGAGAAGAACACAGCUGUGGUUACACAGAAAGUGUUCCUCCGUGAACGCCCUCACGACGUCCCCAAUGCAGAUAAGAUGACAUGGUGGCUUCCCAUUGUGUUGAUACGGGAAGACAAUUUGGACUUUUCCAAGACGACUCCAGUCAUGUGGAUGAAAGAUAAGGAAGCCCAAAUCACUAACACUCCAAGCAAAGACCACUUCAUCAUUGUUAAUCCUGAAGAAAUUGCUCCGUUCCCCGUGAACUAUGAAAAGGACAACUGGAAUCUACUCCUUCAGUAUCUACGGAGUGACAAAAGAACCAACAUACCGGCUCUUACCAGAGCCAAGUUACUCCAUGACGCCUGGAACUUAGCGUAUGCUGGCGAUCUUUCAUUCGCCACUGCACUUAACAUGACUUUAUUCCUGAAAAAUGAAAAGGACCAUUUAGUUUGGGAGCCAGUUUUUACCAUGAUCGAUCAUAUUGGCAGACAUAUUUGUUCCUGUAUUAAGGAUAAGUUUAGGAUCUACGUCCGCACCUUCCUCAGUCCCUUAUACGAAGAGCUGAAAGGAGAGACAGAGGUGGAAAACACAGGAGGAAAGAAUCUUCAGUCCCACAUGAAAUACUUCCUCUGUCAUGCUGGAUACAAACCGUGUAUUGAGGAAGCGAGAGACGCGUAUCAUGUUUGGAUGGAGCAACCCAACCCCGACGAAGGAAAUCCAUUGCCCAACGGUUACAUUUGCCCCGUCUUCAAAUGGGGAACGAAGAAGGAAUGGGAGUUUGGCCUUCAAAGAGUUAUACACUUCCCAUCAUCUAGAACGCCGAGCGAAAGAACUUACCUACUGAAGACGUUAGCUGGUUGUCCUAUAGAAGAAUACAAGAUUAAUAGAAUACUAAAUGUUACCAUAUUGGAAGGAAACGGGAACUUUACCGAGACUGACCUGUUCUUGAUAUUCAGCAUGUUGACUGGUGGGGAACCUGGGUACACGACGUUGUUCCACUUCUUGGAUAACCACUGGGACUUCUUGAAAGAGAAAUUUGCAUCGAAGACAAACCUUUGGGAUAACCUAAUAUUAGCCGCCACAGGAGAAUUCAAAACACAAUCCGGUUUGGACCUAGUGUCCAGGCUGUACGUUACACAUCAGGGGGAGUUCGGUUCAGCUGAGCACAUAAUAGAGAAAUCCAUGAGAAACAUCAGAGAGGAAGUUAAAUGGUCCACAGAGAAUAUUCCGGUCAUUGAGAAAUGGCUCGACCACUAUAUCGCAACUAAUGACGUAAAAGAUGAUAUGUUUGUCAACAAUUAA